GGCUUUUGUUGCUAUACAUUGCUAGGCCUGAGUACCUCAGGGCUUGGACUUGAGGCUUUGUAAAAUUGCCUUUUAUCUAAAUUCUUUGCAAGUAAUUGCAUUUUGGGCAUUCCACAUUGCAGCUGAACACCACAAACCAAGUGCAGCUGCCAUGUCAGUACUUCUGUCAUGUUUGCAGCUGGAUCCUCUGCUGUGCUGGGUUUCUUCACUGGUGCUUCUAUAGUGGGCAACUGGCUCAGACCUUCUUUCUGUAUUGUUUUGACUUGGGAAGGCUAGCGUAACACAGUCCUUGCUCUUACACCCAAAUUCACGCUGCUCUGUGCGGGUAAAGCUCUCGUGCUUUCUGCCAGGGUGUCAGAAGGCUCCUGCCAUGACCUGUGAAGUGCGGGGUGUGACAGGCAGUGUUUGGCUGCAGGCAGUGUUGCCUGGCAGCACAGGAGCAGAGUGCUGAGUCUCUCAGCAGAUGGAGCAGUGAGUCAGCCGAAGGCGCUGCAAGGGCACUGCAAAGGCUUUGACCUCUGUGUGCAGAGGGGCUAAACAGCGACGUCCAUUGCAGCUCUGGAGGAAAGAUUGGCCUCUUGCUUAUAGGGAAGGGAUUGAAGUCCCAGUGGAGGAAUGCAUGAGGAGCGUUAUGGCAUGGCCUACGCAUGCAAACAAUGGUGGAUGGAUUUUAUGCAAAUACCCAGAAUAAAAUUUAUAAUCUUAGAUCUCCAUGGAGGUCAUAGGAUGUUCUCAGGAGGGAAGAACAUAUGAGGAAACUAUGUGUUUGCCAUAUGAUGAUGCCUUUUUUUCCUUCUCCAUUCUGGGGAAGGGAGUAUUUGCAAGGCACAUUCAGACCCUGUUCUGCAUUGUCUUCUCUGUGCCAUGGUGUGACUCUGCCCUUCAAAUGUAAGUAAGGUGCUAACAGUAAUAGAUGAAAAUUCAGUCUCAAAAAAUUUAAGGUAUCUUGCCUGCAGUGUAAUGCUGUAAUGAAUUAAGGUUCUCUUAAUUUUAUGACACAUUUCUCUCAGUCUUGAACUUUAAAUUCUAGCUGUGAGUCUGUCACAGUGAGGGUAAGGUGUUAGGGUAAGCUCUGGUUGAUAGUUCAGUGUUCCCUGUAUUCAUUCCCCUUUCUGGUAGCCUUUGGAAGCACAUAGCUGGACCAUGUAAAUAGCUUCUCAUCUGCCACCUGCUCCAGCAGCACAAGGAGGAUUGCUGUCCUGGAAAUACCUUUGAAGCUCAGGUGGGCUUCAGAGCAGCUCAGUACACAGCAGUCGUGGUGUCACUCCCUGUGUCCUCCUCCACUGCCAUGGCAGUGUUUGAGCCAGGUGUAGGGGCUUGACUUUCAGCUGAUUUUCAAACUGACACCUGGUGCAUCACCAGGAUCAAAUUGCUUGCAGGUAUUUAGAAGACCUGGAGCCUCUUGUCUGUGCCACAGCAAAAUUUUGGGGUUAUAUUUUUUCCUCUUUGGGAUCUAAAUCCUACUUAAACAGAGGGGGUAACACAUGGAGACAGUUAAGUCUAGUAAGAGUCUCUGGGAACGAGGAGAAAGAGGUUUUUGUGCUUUGUGUGAUGAUGGGAAUUAGUUCCAAGCCAGGCUGAUGAUUGAUUGAACUGAGUCAACUUUUGUUGAGGUUUCCAAAGCAUUGCACAAGAGGAUUUUGCCGUGUUUCGUCUUCUUGAUGAAUUAUUGCAGAGGAUAGACGACAGUCCUUUGUCGAAAAUGGAUUGGAAUGACUCAUCCAUUUCCUCAGAAAGUGACAAUGAAGCUCAUUCAGCCUUCACACAGACGGAGCACAACAUAGUUGCAGCUUACUUAAUAACAGCAGGAGUGAUAAGCAUUUUCAGUAACAUUGUUGUGUUAGGCAUCUUUGUUAAAUACAAAGAGCUUCGGACAGCAACCAAUGCAAUUAUUAUCAACUUGGCUUUUACUGAUAUUGGUGUUAGUGGCAUUGGUUACCCCAUGUCUGCUGCCUCAGACCUGCAUGGAAGCUGGAAAUUUGGAUAUACUGGAUGCCAGAUCUAUGCUGCCUUAAAUAUCUUUUUCGGGAUGGCGAGUAUUGGUUUGCUGACUGUUGUUGCUGUUGAUCGUUACCUGACCAUCUGCAGGCCUGACAUAGGAAGAAGAAUGACCACCCGUAGCUAUACUGCUCUCAUCCUUGCUGCUUGGAUAAAUGCAGUCUUCUGGUCUUCCAUGCCAAUCGCAGGCUGGGCCAGCUACGCUCCGGAUCCCACUGGAGCAACGUGCACAGUAAAUUGGAGGAAAAAUGAUGCGUCCUUUAUUUCCUACACAAUGAGUGUAAUUGCUGUUAAUUUUGUUGUGCCCUUAACAGUCAUGUUUUACUGUUAUUACAAUGUUUCCCGGACAAUGAAACAAUAUGCCAGCAGUAACUGCCUGGAGAGCAUUAACAUAGAUUGGUCUGACCAAGUAGACGUGACAAAGAUGUCUGUUGUGAUGAUUAUAAUGUUCUUGGUGGCAUGGUCUCCAUAUUCUAUUGUGUGUUUGUGGUCUUCCUUUGGAGACCCAAAGAAAAUUUCUCCUGCUAUGGCCAUCAUAGCUCCUCUGUUCGCAAAAUCUUCCACAUUCUAUAAUCCCUGCAUUUAUGUCAUUGCAAACAAAAAGUUUCGGAGGGCAAUCCUGGCAAUGGUGCGAUGUCAGACAAGACAAGAGAUAACCAUAAACAAUGCUUUGCCCAUGAGUGUAUCUCACAGUGCAUUGACAUCGCAGAACUCCAGUCUGCCUGCAUAAGUUACAUGGAAAGGACUGAAAUCUGGGUUCAAGUUAAUUAAUCUUUCGGACAAUUCCUUUUUGAAUAAUAAUCUUUCCCAGCAAGCCGUUUUGUGUUAGUCACAGUAAUCUUUUUAGAGAAGUUAAGGAGACAAAACCUGCCAAGACUUUAGUUUUUUGAGAAUGAGGUUUAUUGGUCCAGUAUGUCUGACCCAAACAAAAAAGGGUAGCAAAGUGGCCACUGAGACUCUUACAGUUAGACAAGGUGGCAGAGGGGCCAGGAAAGACAGAAGUGCGAAGUUCUUAGGUUCGGUAACCCCAGAUUUUUCAUAUGUAUUAAUUCCUUUCAUAAAGUACGUUCCACCAGCUUCCCUUGGAAGUUUUCCAGAUUUCAAAUAUUCUGGAUACUCCCCAUGCCUGUAUAUGUCCAUACCAAGUGUCCGUGUUGAUAUGCUUUGCAAAGUUCUGUUUCUGUGAAUAUGUUAGGGUGUCAAAAUAUCUACACUGACCUUAUAGAAUCUUUUAUUAAGUUUUAGGAUUUUGAAGGAAUUUCAACAUGUUUAAAGUAUUUUUAAAAAUUUGACUGGCAGAACCAAAUUAAUUUGUAGUAAAGACAGCUAUUGUUCUGUAAGUAGCAUGUUUCUAGUGCUGCGACUGCACAGCAAAUCCUGAAAAUGUGACAAAAUGUACCCUAAAGCUUCACACUUGGGAGACACAUAAAACUGAGUAAAUGUUUAUGGUAAUUUCUCAUCACUUCUAAGUCAAUCUUAUGUUCAUAUAGGUCUGAUGCUUAAUUUUCAAGAAAUACUUUUGUCAGUAUGAGCAAUGGAUUUAUUCAGGGUGAAAAAGAUGACUGUAUAGAUUUAGCUUCAAUUAUUCUCUGUGUGCGCAUAUACAGUUUGGCUUUGCAGUGUAAAAUUUUUUUAAAGUAUAAGUGCAUUUUUGGCAAAACCCUGUUUUUAUGGGAUUUUUUAAAAGCUCUGGAAUCUAGGCUUCCUAUUAAUUUGCCAUUUUCAGUAUUAAAGAACAUGCCAUGCAAUA